AUGGACAGACAGCUUCAUCGCCCAAAGCCCAACCCCGCGAGAACAAUGGAGUACAGGUACUUGGAACCCAGCAACCCAAACCCUCAAAUACUGCACACUAACACUAACAGGAACCAAGGCUCAAUCCCUGGGUACAACCGCAGAAUGAGUCUUCCAAGUGAUCCAGCCUCACAUCUUCCGACACAAACUGUACCAACCAGCAUGGCGCAGUCCCGGAGAGAUUCACAAACUCUCUUCUUCGUAACGGCACCCAGUCAAGCUCAAGGCUCCCCGACAAGGCGGCGAGACGACGGCAUGUCCCAUAUGGCCCCGCCGAAGAGAGAAAGCCAUGCGCUUGUCUUGUACACUACCUUGUCGAUCAGCCCUGGUGCUAACACGUCACAGCUUGAGUCUGGCUCAAGAGCAGCGCUUCCUGGCAAUUACUAUGGCUAUUCUGGACCCGAGCAACAGCGUACGGGCCCUUCGGCAGUCCCUUGGGAUGGAUCCAACGUCGCAUCGGGCCCCGGCCCCGGUGGCCUUAACGAUCUGCAGCUGUCUACCCACCAGAUGCAAGGUAGUGCUUAUUCUCGAUUAAGACCAGGAGACUAUCGUGACCCGCACCAGGUAGCGCCAGAAUCCACCCCCCAAUUGGAUACGCACGUAUAUGGAAAUCCGAUAGGCGGUCAGAAUGUUUUUGACAACGCAUUUGGCCGGCCAUACUGGCCUUCUUCGUCGCAUGACAAUGAAGACAAGUUUGCAGACCCCGACCUGGGGCAGAGGAGUCGCGGAGAACAGCAGAUGGCGCCAUGGACCCUGGACCCCGUCCCAAAACUUCCCUAUCAACGCCCGGCGCAAGCGGAACCUCUCUCGCAAACAGCCCCAGGCCAGUACGUUAGGUCUUUCGGUGCACAGCCUUCCAACGAGGACUACGCCCUACAGACACAACCGAGGCCACUCUUUUCCGAUCAAGUGCCUCAUCGCCAACAUGGCACUGCCCUCAGCACCCUCAAUCCCUCCGGCAUUCGUCAACGGCAUCCCAACCAGAAAACAAAAACUAACACGGCAGAACCAGGGCGUGUUUUGGCCCUGCAUGAAUCGAGGCCUGAUCUGUCUUCGCUCCCGAUAGCUCCAGGCUCAAAGCAGGAACCAAUACCCUCCACACUGACAGGACCAUCAACAACUGUAGCAACAGCAAUUCCCAUUGCUUCUAGCGUACAUGACAGCCAUGACGGCAACACGCAAGGGGACAGUGCUGGGCAAGGACGUUUCGUAUGCCAACACAGCGGUUGCACCAAGAGGUUUGAACGGCGAUACAGUCUUACGGUGCACUUUCGGACGCACACAAACGAGAUGCCAUAUGCAUGCAAGGUCGCUGGAUGCUCACAGAGGUUCAAGUGGCGGUCGUCCCAAUCUCACCACUUGCGAACACGGCAUCGUGGUGUGCUCAUCGAGAAGGCACCGGGGAAGCGGACCGGAGGUAACGGCAAAGGGCGACGCGUCGAUGGUGCGGCCUCGAGCAAUGGCUCUGACGGCGGAGGGGUGACAGGUGUGAGUGGAGAUCGGGCUGGACACCAUAGCAUGGCGGUGGAUGGAAGUAAGCGAAGCCGCGAUGAGAGUAGCAAGGCGGAGGCGGUUCCGACGAAGCGGCUUAGAGAGUCUGGAAUGCUUUCGAAGGAUCCAUAG